AUGAGCAGACUCGUAUCGCUUUCAUUAUUCACCAGGUCAUUCACUAGACAACAUUUGAUCUUUAGACCUAGCCAUGCUAGAUAUUCCAGCACACCCAUCGUCGAAAGCAAAGUCAACAUGGAAGAGUCUAUGAACAAGAUUGAAGAAUUGUUCAGCGCAGCCAAAAAUGAGUUGGAAUAUGCUGAUGAAUCGCAAGGCACGACAUACUAUCAUGAAGAUCUCGCAACAGCAGAAAAGGCAGUCAAUGAAGUAUUGACAGCAUACAACGACUUUCUGGAAGCAUUGCCAUCUGACGAUAUGAGAAAUGAAGUCAAAACCAAAGUGGGCAUGAAGAUGAAGGAACUGAAAAUGACAUUUGAUGCUUUACCAGAAGAAGGGCAUUGA